AUGAAAUUCUCAGCUCAUACAACAAAAUUAGCAAUCGCUGCAUCAUUUGGUAGUUUAACUUAUGGUUUCACCUCUGGGUUAGGAGGAUCCAUUCCUGGGUUACCUUCAUUUAUUGAAUAUUUUGGAUACUUGGAUAAUCCUGGUAUAGCAGAUGCUUUUAAUGGUCUUUAUGCUGGUGGUGGUAUUAUAGGUUGUAUUCUUGGUGGUAUUGUUUCUGGUAAAUGUGGUAGGAAAAAAGCUAUAUUCCUUGGUGGUCUGUUGGGGAUCAUUGGUGGUGCGUUAAUGACUGGUGCUGUUAAUUUGGUUAUGCUUUAUAUAAGUAGAUUUAUUGCUGGGAUUUCAAUUGGGAUGUGUGUUAUGCUUACACCUAUUUGGCAAACUGAAAUUGCACCUGCUCAAGGGAGAGGUUUUUUGGUUGGAUUACAUGGUGUUAUGAUUUUAACUGGGUAUUCAUUAAGUAUGUGGUCUGUUUAUGGUUUUUAUUGGCUUGAAAAGGGGUACAAUUGGAGAAUUCCCUUAAGUUUCCAAAUCAUUUGGCCUUUAUGUUUAUCAAUUAUUAUUUGGAAAUUACCAGAAUCUCCAAGAUGGUUAUUAGAAAAUAAUAAAUUGGCAGAAACAAGAAAAGUUUUAGAAAUUAUUGAUCCUAAUACUACAGAUGAAUCAUUUCAAAUUAUUUUAGAUCAAUUUGCUAAAGAAUCUCAAUUAUCAACUUGGAAAUCGUUAAUAACUCAUAAACCAAAUAGAAAAAGAUUAAUAGUUGGAUUUCUUAUCAUGUUUAGUGCUCAAUCAACAGGUGAUUUAACAGUUACAAAUUAUGGUCCAACAUUAUAUAGAAACUUGGGAUUUUCACCAUCAAAACAAAUCAUGUUAAGUGCAUGUUAUAUUUCCACUGCAGUGUUAUAUAAUUUCAUUGCAAGUUUAAUCAUGGAUAAAUUAGGUCGUAAAAAAAUGAUGUUUAUUGGAUUAACAGGUUGUUGUGUUUGCUUAAUUGGACUUGCUAUUGUUUUAGCUUUAUUUUCAGAAUCUAAAAAUAUGGCUGGUAAUAGAAGUGCUGUGUUUUUAUUAUAUUUCAGAUUGACUUUCUAUGGAACUUUCCUUGAUGCAACAACUUAUGUUUAUGCUACAGAGAUUUGGCCAACUCAUUUAAGAGGGAUUGGUAGUAGUUUAUCAUUUUUAGGAAUGUUUAUAAGUAUGCUUGCAUAUAUUACACCAGUUACUACUGCAUUAGAGAAUAUUAAAUGGAAAUUUUAUGUUAUAUUUAUUUGUUUAACUGCUGUUAAUUCAGUAAUUGUUUUUUGGUAUUUCCCAGAGACUAAGAAUUUAACAUUAGAAGAGAUUGGUGCAUUAUUUGGUGAUUAUGAUGAAGAUUCAGUUAUAGGAGAUGAUAAGGAUAUUGAAGGUAUUGAAUUAAAUGAUUCAUCAGAUUCUCAACAUGAUGUCAAACAAAUUCAUGAAUCAAUUUUAGAUAAAAAAAUUGGAGAUGUUUAA